AUGAGUGAACAAUCAGAAAAAAACAAUUCUACUGAAGGGGGGCACACAGGUCAACGUUCUCCUGAGAAAAGCUGUCAAAUUGGACAAAAGCAACUGCAACAGAUAGAGCGACAGUUAAGAUGCUUGGCAUUUCAAAACCCUGGACCCCUGGUAGCAGACUUUAAUCCUGAAACACGACAGCAGAAAAAGAAAGCACGGAUGUCAAAGAUGAAUGAGUAUUUUUCUGUAAAAUACAAGGUACUGAAGAAGUACGACAAAAGCGGCAGGCUCAUCUGUAACGACGCCGACCUGUGCGACUGCCUGGAGAAGAACUGCCUGGGCUGCUUCUACCCCUGCCCCAAGUGCAACUCCAACAAGUGCGGGCCCGAGUGCCGCUGCGGCCGCAAGUGGGUGUACGACGCCCUGGUGGCCGAGUCGGGCGAGGUCAUCAGCGCGCUGCCCUUCAGCGUCCCCGACUAGGGCCCUGCCCGCGCUCGCCCGGUUCUUCUCCGCCGCGGCCACUCGGCCCCUUCCUCUCGGGAGCUCCAGG